AUGUCUGCCCCAUCGGAUAUAAAGUCCGAGCUGACGUUCAGCGGCACCGACAGCGAGUUCCUCAGUGACUCGGUGCUCGGAGCCAAGUCUCCCGUGGUUUUCGAGGACGACGAGCAAGCGCAUGCAAAGCUGCACACACUGCUGCGAGCGCUGAGAGACGGACGCCGCGAGACCGUCGCACAGCUGGGUGCGUCUGACGGUGGGUUCUUGUGUCACACCGCCCGGAAGAAGUGCUGGUUGGCGCUCCUGAGAGCAAUGGUCACGGAUCCAGCGCUGCUGACCAACGACUUGACGACGCAGGCGGCGCAAGCGCCGCCUGCCGCGUCUGCGACGCACCCAGACGAGCACCAGAUAUCGUUGGACGUCAAGCGCUCCUUCUGUCACGUACCGGACUCGCACACGAAGCAAACGCUCCGGACCAUUCUCGAGCAGGUUCUCGUGCACGUGAUCCGGAAACAUUCGCAACUUCGGUACUACCAAGGUUUCCACGACGUGGUGGCAGUGUUCGUCGUUGUUUUCUACUGCGGUGACGAAUGCGGUGUCGAUGACCUGUUCUAUUCGGCGUCCACCUCGAGGGCGUCCUCUAUGGAGUCAAGUCCCCAUCCCAGCACCAGCUCUGACUCGACCAAGUUCUCGCAAGACUUUCUGAUGCUAGUAGAUCUCGAAGACCUGUGCGAAGCGGUAGAAAUGUUUGCGCUUCUGUUUUUGCGGGACUUCAUGAUGUCCUCGCUGGACUUCACCAUUGAGCAACUCAAGGUCAUACCGCUCUUGAUAGCACAGAAAGACGCGGAUUUUCAUUCAGAUUUCCAGUUGGGCUCAAUUGAUCCCUUUUUCGCCAUCUCUUCCAUUUUGACCCUAUUCUCACACGACUUGGCACCCUCUAUAAGUGAUCAGUCCGCUGUCGUUUUCCAAAUCUUCGAUCUCGUCAUUUCUACCCGCUCAAUGCUGGCACCGCUCUGCCUCUAUGCUAACAUCGUCGUUGGCAAAAAACAGGAACUUGUCGCAGCUUAUGAGUCCAAUCUGUCUAACUUUGAUAAUACAACAGAUUUGACGCAUGCGAUAAUCCAGCAGGUUGUGAAUAUGCAGUUUGAACCGUCGUUCUGGCUGCAGGUCCUCGAAGAGACUAGAGGCUCGCUCAAAUCUGUUCCGAAAUGUGUUCUCGAGCCCAUCAACAAAUACAGUGUUCUUGUCACCUCUGCUGGACAGCAAGAUGACGCUGUAGCACCUGCACAAGUGGCAGGAUGGAUACUGAAACAGAUCAAAUUCAAUCAACUUAAAGUGGCCCAGCAAUCUAAGGGCAAUUUAGAUAAGCGCCCAAUGUUUGCAAAAUGGAUUCCACUGAUCAAGAAAAGGCCGCUGCACUACCUGAAGUUUUCAAUAGCUCUGGGAAUAGCGGCAAUUCUUUUAAAGUUGUACAUUCAGUAUUAUCAUGAAAGGUAUCCACAUUCUCUCAUUCCGUACCUGGAGCACUUGAAAUCGUUCAAAUUUCUUGGUCUUGAUAGUGCCCAGAGACCUUGGAUAGAUCCGCUAAAGAGCCUUUUGAAGCUUCCAGCCCACAUUUCUGGAAUGAUGGAACAUUCCACUGGCUACAGAUCUGAUAAUUCGUUUUUCAUUGCAUAA